AACACCACUAUUUUCGUCCACCGGUCACCUUAGCGCUCUGUCGUUGGCUUUCUAUGUAAUACUUUCUUUCCAAUUCCUCUCUGAGAAAAUGGCGAGUGAUUUUUUGAAGCUUUCCAUGUCGCCUCACCCGAAGUUUAGAUUCAGCUACAGCACGCGACACCGUUUUCAUGGCUUUGACUUCAUUUCUCAACUACCUAAACGUCGUCGAUUGAUUCUCCGGUCACGCACCAUUCGUUAUCUCACUUUGUCGAAUUCCCUCGAGAUCAAACCUGAAGUACAAAACUCAACGUUUCAAGCCUCCGGACGGUCCAAAGACUCGCCUAUUCUACUUGACGUUCAUGGAAUGAUGUGCGGCUCUUGCGUGUCUCGCGUCAAGUCCUUGCUCUCUGCUGAUGAACGUGUUGAUUCGGUUGUGGUCAACAUGUUGACUGAGACAGCUGCAAUAAAGUUGAAACCGGAGGCUGUGGAGAGUGGAUUAUCGGCGGAGAUAGCGGAUGGUCUUGCUCGGGGAUUGACUGAUUGCGGAUUUGAGGCAAAGAGGAGAGUUUCGGGGCUAGGAGUGGCAGAGAAUGUGAGGAAGUGGCAAGAGAUGGUUCAAAAGAAAGAAGAAUUGCUCGUCAAGAGCAGGAAUCGCGUGGCGAUUGCGUGGACUUUGGUGGCUUUGUGUUGCGGAUCGCAUGCUUCACAUAUUUUGCACUCUCUAGGCAUUCAUGUUGCUCAUGGUUUCUUUUGGGAGAUGCUGCAUAAUUCGUACGUGAAGGGUGGUUUGUCUUUGGCAGCUCUGUUAGGACCAGGAAGAGACUUACUUUUUGAUGGUAUAAGGGCAUUCAAGAAGGGAUCGCCAAAUAUGAAUUCUCUCGUGGGAUUUGGAUCAGUUGCUGCAUUUUUUAUCAGUGCGGUUUCACUUCUUAACCCUGAGCUCAAGUGGGACGCCUCUUUCUUUGAUGAACCGGUCAUGCUUCUUGGUUUCGUGUUGCUUGGACGUUCUCUUGAAGAAAAAGCAAGGAUCAAGGCAUCAAGUGAUAUGAAUGAACUUCUGUCACUGAUAUCCACUCAGUCACGCCUCGUUAUUACUUCAUCAGAUGGCAACUCCUCUGGUGAUUCUGUUCUUUGCUCUGAUGCAAUUUGUGUUGAAGUCCCCACUGAUGAUGUUCGAAUUGGAGACUCAGUGUUGGUUCUGCCUGGAGAAACUAUUCCUGUAGAUGGUAGAGUUCUUGCAGGAAGAAGUGUUGUGGAUGAGUCCAUGCUUACGGGGGAAUCUCUUCCUGUAUUUAAGGAAGAAGGCCUCAAAGUCUCAGCUGGAACUAUGAACUGGGAUGGCCCUUUAAGGAUUGAGGCAUCCUCUACUGGCUCCAACUCGACGAUAUCUAGGAUAGUUCGCAUGGUUGAGGAUGCUCAAGGUCAUGAAGCACCCAUACAAAGACUUGCAGAUUCAAUAGCUGGGCCAUUUGUAUACAGUGUAAUGAGCAUAUCUGCAGCCACUUUUGCCUUUUGGUACUACAUUGGGUCACACAUUUUUCCUGAUGUUUUGCUCAAUGAUAUUGCUGGACCUGAUGGAGACAGUUUGCUGUUGAGCUUGAAACUUUCUGUGGAUGUUUUGGUAGUUUCCUGCCCUUGUGCACUUGGCCUUGCCACACCCACCGCAAUUCUAGUUGGAACUUCACUUGGAGCUAAGCAAGGACUUCUUAUAAGAGGAGGCGAUGUAUUGGAACGUUUAGCGAGCAUUAAGUAUAUUGCUUUAGACAAGACUGGUACCCUCACUGAAGGAAAACCUGCUGUUUCUGCUGUGGCUUCAAUUACUUACAAAGAAUCAGAAGUUCUUCAAAUUGCUGCUGCAGUAGAGAAAACAGCAUUGCAUCCAAUUGCAAAAGCUAUUGUGAAUGAAGCAGAAUUAUUGAAAUUGACUAUUCCGGCUACACGAGGACAAUUGACAGAACCAGGUUUUGGAGCCUUAGCGGAAGUAGAUGGACGGCUGGUUGCGGUUGGUACUUUAGAUUGGGUGCAUGAACGUUUCCAGAGAAAGACAAACCUGUCAGAUAUAAGAAAUCUGGAAACUGCAGUAACAUUUCAGCCAUCGGAAGUGGGUUCAUUAUCAAACUAUUCGAAAACCGUUGUCUAUGUUGGACGUGAAGGGGAAGGCAUCAUUGGUGCCAUUUCAAUAUCAGACAGUUUGCGCAAUGAUGCUGAACUGACUGUAAGUAGGCUCCAGCAGAAGGGUAUCAGUACAGUCCUUGUAUCUGGAGAUAGGGAAGAGGCAGUUGCAAACAUCGCAAACAGAGUUGGAAUAGGAAGUGAAUUUGUCAAUGCUUCCUUGGCUCCACAGCAGAAAUCUGCUGUUAUUUCAACUCUUCAAGCUGCAGGGCAUCGCGUUGCGAUGGUAGGUGAUGGGAUAAACGAUGCACCAUCUCUGGCUCUUGCUGAUGUUGGGAUUGCCCUUCAGAAUGAAGCUCAAGAAAAUGCUGCAUCUGAUGCAGCAUCUAUUAUACUUCUUGGCAACAGACUUUCACAAGUUGUAGACGCCUUGGAUCUUGCUCGGGCAACAAUGGCGAAAGUGUACCAAAACUUAUCGUGGGCUAUCGCUUACAAUGUUGUCGCUAUUCCAAUUGCCGCCGGAGUACUGCUUCCCCAAUAUGAUUUUGCCAUGACUCCAUCACUUUCAGGUGGACUAAUGGCUCUAAGUUCAAUUUUUGUUGUCACCAACUCAUUGCUUCUACAGCUCCAUGAACCAGAAAGUAGCAAAUAGAGCUAGCGUGUCCGCGUGCAGUAUAUAUAUUUGUCUGUUAUAAGUUCAAAAUUUUGCUGGAGUUUGCUUUGCUUCGCUUCUGCAAUGGUGAGUUUGAUUGAAUAACGAGGAAAUAAAGAAAAACAGCGACAUUGCCGUGAUGUAUAAAACUGAAAUAAUACCAUUGUUUUCAAAAAUUUCUAUGUCAAACAGUUAAUCCUUGUGAAAUCGAAUGCAUUUUGUAACCCUUCCAAUGGGUUCUGGCUUUUAGCAAUAUAAACUUCGUCUCUGUAAAAA